AUGUAUUGCAAAAUAAAUGGAUAUUCCAACUUUCAAAAAGGAGCGUUUGGGUGUGCUAGAUGUUUGUUCACCAAAGGAUGGGUUGAGCUCCCCAAAGUGGAGAUACCGAGAAUUAAAGCUGAGUCCACCUCUAAAGUUGAAGGCUGGGGCAAUGACAUGUCUUCUUCUUCUACGUCACCAGACAUGUCUGUGACCAUCUCACUGUUUCUCAAGACUGGGACCAGCAUUCAAGAUCAUCUGCACGGAAUCACAGAAAGGCAUCAACCCUAA